AUAAACUAAUUUCAAACAUGUGUUGUUUGAUUUUUUCUCAAUUAUGUUUUAGCUCAUAACUAUGCACAGAAGGUUUAGUCAAAUAUUCUUUAUUUUAAGUUGUUUAUUUCAUAUUAACGUUGGUGGCAGUGUUAACACAACUCUGAAAAAUGAAAGAAAACCGCCGGAUAAAGAAGGCAGCAUAAUGCGAAUCUCAAGUGGUGUGGAAGUGAAAAUUGAGACUGUACCAUACGUAGUGAGACUGAAAUCAUCUGAUACAAGCCUUUGCACCGGUGCCAUCAUACACGAUUCUUGGGUAUUGACAGCUGCCCACUGUAUUGUCGAUCCAAGAUACCCAGAAGAUGUAACAAUUUAUGCUGGGAUUGAUGACACUUCGAAAGAACAAGAAGCACAAAAACGAAUAGGAAAAAAUGUGGUUAUUCAUAAAGAUUAUUGGGCAGAAAGGGUGGCCAAAUAUGACUUUGCUCUAGUAAAGGUAGAACCGUUUAAACUCGAUGAUAAAGUCAAAGUUUUGGAGUUGUCAGAUGACACAUGGCCACAAAAUGAAUCUAUGUAUGAAAGGAAAUGUUUAGCCGCUGGUUGGGGUGCAGAUGACAUUGGGAGAAGUGGAGUGAAUAAGCUAAGAGCUCUUAAUGUCACUGCCAGACAUGGACAGAAGGGAUGCAAAUGUUUUCGAUCAUUUCAUAAUCGGAGACUUGUUUGCCUUGAUUCGCGAGGGAAAGGAAUUUGUAAAGGUGAUUCAGGAGGUGCACUGGUGUGCGAAAACAAGGGAGUAGGAGUUGCACACAUCAUUUAUUCCAAAGAAAGUUGCAAUCCGUAUGCCUUCGGAAACAUCAAGUUGACCUGUCGAGACACAACAGGAGCGUACAUGUAUAUCUGUCCAGCAUUAGAUUGGAUUAGUCAAUAUGUUCCGUCGGUUCCUAAGUCACCGAAAAGUUGUCGCGCCUCCUCAACAAUGAGCAUAAAUAUUUUGCUUAUUUUAGUUUCAAUCAUAUUUGUCAACUUUGAGACAAUAAAAGACCAACUCCUUUCUGUGCUCUAG